AUGGAAAUUAUACAGAAUUUAUUAUAUUUUUUUGGCUUUUGGGGUCUAGUGCACUCUAUAAUAUUUUUAUUGAAGAUUUUUAUUUUUGAAAAGGAACAACCAGCACUUUCUUCUUCCGAUACUGUAUUAACUACCUUUGAUCUCGACGAUGAAACUCAACUUCCAAGACACAUUAAACGAUACAAGACCACCGUUGAAUUGAAAUAUUUUUAUUUUCGUAUUUCGACAACUCAGCUGAAUUAUUAUUUUCAGAAGUUGGCGUUUAGGGCUUCUCGAUUUUGGGAUUUUUGGUUCAAGUUGGGUGUAUUUGUUGGGGCUGGGAUAUUGAUGAUUGGAAUUGGAUUUAUGCUUUUUGCCGCGCGAGAGGUUUUCCUUGACUUGUUUAUGCAACGAACAGAACGUCCGGAAAUUAUUAGCAAAGCUAUUUCUAAACGAGAUAUUUUAGGAGUAAAUCCAGGCGCUGGAACAGCUUCAACUCACAUCCAUCAUUUCACAAAUGUUUUAAUUCCUGGACUUACAAUACCAUGGUCACAUUUAGUCUAUAUUUUGUUCUCAUUGCUUGUAUGUGGAAUAUUUCAUGAAGCAGGUCAUGCAAUAGCAGCUGCCAAGUAUUCUGUCCCGAUGAAAUCGAUUGGAAUAUUCCUUUAUGUUCUAUACCCGGGUGCGUUUGUGGAUAUUCCGGUUCAUAAACUCUCUCAUCGUCCUUGCUUAGAGCAAUUAAAAAUAAUUUGCGCAGGUGUAUGGCAUAAUGCUGUACUUUAUUUGCUUGGUGCAUUAUUGAUCAGUGGUGGAGUUGUUCCUUUUGUAAUGGGAUCAACUUUCUGGAAGCCAGUAGAUGGAUGGGGAGUUAACAUCAUCUCCGUGGAAAAGGAUACACCACUUUCUCAUCAUUUGCAACCUUCAAACCUUAUCACUCGUCUCGACGAUUACCCAUUAUUGGAAUCCUCGCUUGAACAAUGGAACAACUUUCUAUUAAACCAUGACAGUAUAUUCGAUGGCUCCGACUGGAAGGGAUUUUGUUCUCUCGAAGCAAACGCUGCUUCAACGUUAGACUGUUGUGACAUAUCGCCUGAAUUCCCAUUCGGAAAAUCAAAGAAUGAAUCAUUAUCAUGCUUUGAACAUAUUGAUGGCGGAAAACAAUUGAUUUGUCUUCCAUCUGUACCCACCGUUCGUAAAGAUGCUCAUCGAUGCUCAACAGAUACAGAUUGUGUAGCAUCUUCAAUUGGUCAUUAUUGCGUCGUGCCUUAUACACCGAUUGAUUCCACAAAACUAUUACGCAUCUAUUAUCGCGAUUCUCCGUGGGUAGCCGAGACGAAGGAACAACAGGAUGGUGAAGUUUUUGAAGAGAAGAUGGUAUUGUUUUUUGGACGGCCGGAAGAAAUUUUAGAAAUUGUGCAAGUAAGUGAUUUACAACCUCGCUGGUGGUUUAUUCCAGAAUGGAUUCCACUCAUUUGUGAAUUGAUGCUAAGUUACAUGACAUCCGUCUCACUCGGUCUUUGCGUUCUAAACAUGCUGCCUGCAUUCCACAUGGACGGAUACUACGCAUUAUCAGCCAUCUUGAUCUGGAUAUUAAAAAUUGACGAAAAUCGCGAAGACGUGAUAAUGUAUGGCGGGGGCGUAAGUGGUGAUACGUGGAGAAAACCAUUAAAGGCACGGCUAUUGAAAUGGAUCGCAUGGUGUGCCACUGCGCUGGUUGUGUGGGUUUUACUGGGUACUUUGAUAAUUGCCUUGCGUGGAUCAUAA